AUGUCGUCCACCAGCAACGCCUCCAUUGACAAGUUCAACGGAGACAAUUACGCAACGUGGAGCCGGUACAUGCGCGGUGUGUUUUUGACGAAGUCCGUCUGGCACGUUGUCAACCGUGAAGUGACUCCGACUUUCACCGACCCGCGAGCGUCCGAUGACUACGUCAAGGCAAGCAACGUCGCGUUUGGUAUGAUGCUGCUGCACAUGAACGCGGACUACCAUCAUGUGCUGGACAACUGCGAGGAAGCCUGGGUUGCGUGGACAAGUCUGAAGACGCUGUACGGUGGGUCGCAGAAGGCAGGACGCAUCUACCUCAAGCGACAACUUUUCAGUAUCAAGAUGGCUGAAGGCGCGAACGUCAUGCAUCACUGCAACGAGGUCCUCAACAUCUCCGCCAAGCUUAGCGGCAUCGGUGCGAAGAUGGAAGACGAAGACGUUGCAAUUUGUCUGCUACUCAGUCUUCCGAAGAGCUACGAAAAUGUGGUGCUCAACAUGGAAAUGAGCAGCACCGAGCUUCGCACUCAAGAUGUGGUGAGAGUCCUGGCGAAUGAGCAUGCCAAGCGUCAAGGAGAAAAAGGGACAACGACAGCGACUACGGUGAAGGCUGAAGAUGCAAGCAAGGCAUUCAGCGCCGAGCGUGAGCCCUACCAAUGCACGUAUUGUGGCAAGGUGGGACACACGGUGGAUCGUUGCUGGACAAAGCAGAAGAACGAAGGUCGGGGAGCCCGACGCGGCGGCAAUGGUCGUGGACGCGGGGCUAACAAUGUCCAGUGGGGACAUCAUGAUGAAGGCAAUGGCUACGAUCGAGUGGCGUUUGCAGUCUCGUUCGAAUGUGGAGUUUCGACGAGCAAGGACGUGUCUGGAAUGUGGGCCGUCGACAGUGGUGCAACGCACCACAUUUGCCACGACAAAACCAAGUUCGCAAGUUUGGCAGAGCGCAAUGAGGGCGAACUCUUGGUGGCUGAUGGCAACAAGGUGGCCAUCAAGGGUGUGGGAACCAUCAUGGAAAAGGUGGUUCUGCCCAACGGUGAAGAGCGUGAGAUCGAAAUCAAGAACGCGCUAUAUGUUCCAAGUAUGAGCAAGAACCUGCUCUCGGUGCCACAGAUUAACAGCCAUGGCAAGUUUCAAGUCGUGUUUGACGGGUCCAAGAUGUAUGUGACUCUCAAGAACUCACAGCAAGUGGUGGCGACAGCGGAUCUCGUGGAUGGACUCUACUGGCUUCGGACGACUCAACGAUCAGCGAAUGUGACAACAAGUGGAACCAGUUGUGCCGAUCUACAUGCGAGAAUGGGUCAUGCUCCAGUCGAUGUACUUCGCAAGAUGAUCGCGACCAACAUGAUCAAGGAUGUGCGAGUCCCUCUCAAGUCGGGUGGAGCAACUACAUGUCGAGGAUGUCAACAAGGGAAAAUGGUCCAAAAACCAUUUCCAAGCAACCGAGACAAGCGCAGCUAUGAUACGUUUGAGCUACUUCAUCUGGACAUCUGCGGGCCCAUGGAAAAGGAUUCGCUCGGUGGCAGCAAAUAUUUGCUGCUGAUCAUCGACGAAGCCAGUGGAUGCAUGAAGGGCUUUUGUCUACGAGUGAAGUCCGAGAGUGAAGACUACAUCCGGAAAUAUAUCACCAUGGUACAGACGCAAUUCUGUAAGAAGGUCAAGUUCGUGCGACACGACGGAGCUCGCGAGUUUGCAACCAACUCGCUUCAACUGUUCUACGAAGACGAAGGCAUUGAACAGCAGACAACGGUGCCGUAUGCACAUCAAACAAACAGAACAGCAGAGCGUGCCAUUAGGACUAUUGUCACGAUCGGCCGCAGCAUGCUUCAUCAUGCCAAACUGGACAAGUGUUUCUGGGCCGAAGCAGCGAUGACGGCCAUCUACGUCAAGAAUUGA